UCCCCCCCCCCCCCGUCGAUGGGAGGCCGACGUCACCCUGCCAGCGGAGGAGUGGAUGGCCCCUGUAAUAAAAAUACAUGAAGAGAAUCGAGGAAACGGAGAAGAUUGGCCGGGGGAGAGGAGGCAACAACAGCGCGGCGUCCAUUCCCUUUUUUCCCCCUUUUUUAACUCCGUCGCCCCUCGCUGCUCCUCGGACGCCUUUUCACGAAACACCGCGGGGAUACACGUCUGCUGCUGCGGCGGCGGCGGCGCCGAGAGCUCCGGCUGAGAAGACACAAAUGCUGUGUUAUGCUGUGUGGCUUUUUCUUCCCUUUCUGAGGCAGACACACCACAGAUAACUGUACUGUAUCCCAGCCUAGCGGAUUGGAGUGAAAGUCCGCCAUAUUCUGCUUUACCACGCCCGGGAGUCGAGCCACUGGGGGAAGAAAAAAAAAAUAAAGCGACAGUUUUACGCAUGUGUUUCUUUUUCCUCUCCCUCUCUGUUUCUCUCUCCCGCUGUCUCUCUCUCUCUCCCGUCGCCCACACCCACCCGACGAUCUCUUGAACUGACGGGAUUUUUUUUCCCCUUUGGUUUUGUUUUCGGAUUAGAAGGAAAAAGAAUAAAUACAUUGGAAGACUUUUGCAGAGAGGAGGGUGGUCCGGGGAGGGGGCACGGAUGGCAACGCGUAACGAGAUCCCACAACGGAGGAUGUGUUUUUUAAAGAGGAUCUGUUGAUCGCGCUGAGAAGAGGAAAGCAGAUUACACACCAAUUAAGAUCGCACCAGAUCAUUUGGCUUUUGGACACUGUUUUGAAAAGCUGUCUGGAAGGCCCCGGAAAGCGAACCGAAACAGGGGGGAGGGAGGGGAGGGGGUCAAUAAUUUCUCAAAUAUCUUAAUUUUUUUUUUGUUUCCUCUCCGGCACAAUCUGUGCGCUGUUCACACUCAUUAUAAGGGCGUCCACGCGUUAUUUCCACCACCACCGGGCCUGUGUGAGGACGUUUUCUGGCACUCACAGGCCUCUUGUUUUUGUUUUUUUGGACUCGAAUCUGAAUUCUGAAUGAAUCGGUAAAGGAGAGAGGGGAAGAGAACCAAAAAAAAAACAAAAAAAACAAAAAAAACAGAAAAGUGAGUGUUUAUAUUUAAGGGGAGGGGGGGACGGAGGGGAGAGAGCAGCGAGAAUGACCCUGGAAUCCAUAAUGGCGUGUUGCCUCAGCGAGGAGGCGAAAGAAGCCAGGCGGAUCAACGACGAGAUCGAGAGGCAGCUCCGCCGGGAUAAGAGGGACUCACGCCGGGAACUGAAACUGUUGCUUCUCGGCACUGGGGAAAGUGGGAAAAGCACGUUCAUCAAACAGAUGAGGAUCAUCCACGGCGCCGGCUACACAGACGAGGACAAAAGGGGCUUCACCAAACUGGUCUAUCAGAACAUCUUCACAGCCAUGCAGGCAAUGAUCCGAGCCAUGGAAACGCUCAAGAUCCCCUACAAAUAUGAGCACAACAAGGCAAACGCCAACAUCGUAAGAGAGGUGGAUGUAGAAAAGGUCAGUGCGUUGGAGAAUCCCUACGUAGAUGCAAUCAAGAGCUUAUGGAAUGACCCGGGCAUCCAGGAGAGCUACGAUCGAAGGAGGGAGUACCAACUUUCAGACUCCACUAAAUAUUACCUGAACGCGUUGGACCGGAUCGCCGAGCCGGCGUACCUUCCCACCCAGCAGGAUGUGUUGAGGGUUCGAGUCCCCACCACGGGCAUCAUUGAGUACCCGUUUGACCUGCAGAGUGUCAUAUUCAGGAUGGUGGAUGUUGGAGGUCAGAGGUCGGAGAGGAGGAAGUGGAUCCACUGCUUUGAGAACGUCACAUCCAUCAUGUUCCUGGUGGCGCUUAGCGAGUACGACCAGGUUUUGGUGGAGUCGGACAACGAGAACCGUAUGGAGGAGAGUAAAGCUCUGUUCAGGACAAUAAUCACGUACCCCUGGUUCCAAAACUCCUCUGUCAUCCUCUUCCUCAACAAGAAGGACCUGCUGGAGGAGAAGAUCAUGUACUCUCAUCUGGUCGACUACUUUCCAGAGUAUGAUGGGCCUCAGAGAGAUGCCCAGGCAGGGCGAGAGUUUAUCCUCAAGAUGUUCGUGGACCUGAACCCAGACAGCGACAAGAUCAUCUACUCCCACUUCACCUGCGCCACCGACACAGAGAACAUCCGCUUCGUCUUCGCCGCCGUCAAAGACACCAUCCUGCAGCUCAACCUGAAGGAGUACAACCUGGUGUAGAGCGGAGCACUGACACACACACUGACUGACGCAAAUCUGUGAAACGAUACAUCAUAUAUACACACACACACACACACAAGAAAAGGAAAAAUCCAAGAAAAAAAUCUAAUGGUUGCAUAAUACUAAUUUAUUUGCCAUUUGUUGAUCUCUUGGAGCCCGAGGGGCGAGCAAAGUCAGUUUUAUCUUGCUAUUUAAGAAGGAGGCAGUGAAAUACAGGGAGAGGGGGGCGACGUACUCUGAAGGGUCGGCCAGGGAUUCGCUGUUGACUGAACAGCGACGAUCCUCAUUUCUAGGCUUUGCGCAUUGUGAAGUUCUGUUUUUUUUUUUGUUUUCGUUUGUGUGUAGUUUUUUAUGAGAGAAAAAAAGAAAACUACUUUGUGCACUUGAGGUUUUGGUGGCUCGUUGUGUCCAUCAGAGCUGGAACAAAUGCAAUGUGCUCCCUGCCUCCUGCCUUUUUAUAAACAAGAAGAAGAAGAAGAAGAAGAAGAAGAAGAAAGGUUUUCAUUCCUUUUUCUUUUCGUCGCUCGGUUCUUCUGAAGCUUGGUCAUGAAACCGAUCUGUAAUCGACCAUUUUCCCUCAAAUGAGAGAUCGGCAGCUCUCCCCAUAAAUAGGCAUAAAACUGUGAUUUUUAAAUUAUUUGAUACCUAUUUGGUAUUGACGUCAGUCAUUAUUAGUAUUACGUUGCAUUUUCUUGGUACCGUCCAGUAAGUAGAGCAUGUGUGACUGACAGCGGGUUCACCAAAUGUUUUUUUUGUGUGGAAGUAGCUCAAGUCUCAUGUCAGUUUCUCCAUCACAGUUCAGUAUUGUUGGCUUUAAAGAUUUAAAAAUUGCUUUCUGAGCUGCGAGGCGACAUAAAAUCAGCACAGUGCUGGUUUCACUUUACACAGACUGAAGAGAGUUGAGGAGGUUAUAAUUUAUGACGCCGUGUUGUUGAAAGAUUAUGUUCAACUGUGCCACAUUAACACUUUUUCCAUUCAUUAUGGUGACGUGUGUAUUUAUUGCCAAUGCCAAAACAACUCGACUUUACUGCUCAAAUGGAGGGAGGCAGAAUCGGACCGACCGACUUCACUGACUUGACUCCCGACUGAUCGACCGACUCACUCCUGAAGUAUUCAAGGAUGGCGCCCUCACACACA